CCUACUCUCCUCCACUUUCCAACUGCCUUCUACUCGUUCGGUUUCUCCAAUUAAUUCAGCAGAUCUGACUCUCUCCUCCUAGUUAACUAUUCGUUUCUCUUCUCCUCGUUGUCUCGUCAAACCCUGGUCUCACUACAUCACCACCACCACUUCUCCAUCAUCUUGCACGCUCAGUACCACUCCGGAUACCGACUCCGUGCAUAUUAUCUAUCCCCUUCAAGUUUCCCCUCCUGAAAUUCUCCUUUCCUGCACUGGGGAUUGUGGCCACCGUUUAUCCCGCAUCCACUCCUCUUAUCCGUCCUCCUUCUUCCCCCCCCCCUCGUCGGUCUUCUCUGUCGAUAGCGAAAGCCACUACUACAGGGGGAGAAACAAACAACUGCUCCCUAUUCGAAGCUUGGGACAGCAGGAUGCUGUCCGAGUCCGAUUAUUUGCACUUGACGGCGUACCGAAAGCUUGCCCGCUGAGGAGCGCGGAGAUGCCAGCGAACGGAGGCGCUCGCGAGCGUAAACGAGAUGCCAUCCAUUUCGUCAACGCGCGACCUGCCUCAGAGACCGAACGACUCACCAUCCGCCGCAUGGUGCGCGCCCACGUCGGGAAAUGGAUCUCCACGCAAACCAAGGACCGUGCUGCCGGUUCAACGCUGGUUGAGCCGCCGCCGUCUAUUAUCACCACCACCACCACCACCACCGAAAACACCCCAGAGCUCCCGUCCUCGCGCCCGCUCGACUUCGACCCCGACGAAUCCUUCUUCCCUUCCCCUUCCACUUCCUCCACCAUAUCCCCGCCACCUUCGCAUUCGUCGUGUGCGUCCCCAGAAUCCUGUGUCUCGCAUGCAUCUCACGGUGUACCGCUGCCGUCACAACAACAAUAUCCACCACCACCCCCGCCGCUGCCCUCGAGCGCUCCGUCGGAGUCGCAAACAGAUCUAUCCUUAGCCCUCGUUCCCGCUCGGACAAAUCUCGAUAACUUUCACCAUCGAUGCGAUGGCCCAGGCUGCCAAUGUGGGACGUGGUCAGUGGGCUCCGACAGUCCGAGUCCCCCUCCCGAGGGAGGCUUCAUUGAAGCGAUAGGUGCAGCCUACAUCGAUCCCUUUCGAACCUACCCGUCACAGUUCGAGCCGGAACUCAUUCAGAUCUCGGAGACAUACUGUCUUUCAACCCUGUGGCCAGGUCUUACCCCUGGACCUUCCCCAACGAAUAUGUCUUCAUGGUUCCCAAUGUCUCUAUCGGACCCGACCCUCUUUACCGCAUUUUUGUACGGCUCUCUCUCUCACAGACGUGUUCAGUCGAUGAAAGGUUGGAUACCGCGGGAAGGAUUUCGAGCGAAGGACCAGCGACUGCUUGAACUCUGCGAAAUGGAGACCAUCAAAAUGGUUAGUCGCGAAAUGAACAAUCCAACCCGUGCAGUUUGCGACGCAAUGAUUUUCAGUGUUGUCUGCAUGGCGCACAACAAAUCCGACGAUAAUAUUCAGUGGCUUCAGAGCACCCCAUUCACCGCACCAAUGCAACGUCUUCAAUGGCUGGAUAUUUAUGGCUGUUUGCCGCCGAAUAUGGUCCAUAUCACAGGAUUGGUUCAAAUGGUCAAUCUUCGGGGCGGCCUGGAGAAGAUCGAGCUUCCUGGUUUGGCCUCUAUAAUAUCAUUCUCCGACCUCGUGACCUCUAGCACCUUUCUCGCUCCCCCAAUCUUUCCUUUUGUUCCGCUUGAUGCCAGUCGCAAGGGCAAAACAAUGCAAGAUCUCUUAGGCUAUACCAACGCCGGCGUAGACCACUACUUCGGCCAUAUCCAACAACUCGGCCUCCCGCGCGAUCUCGCCGAAAUCUUCUGCGCCAUCAACGCCUACACCGAGAUCGUGGAACAAUGUGUGAAAUGGGAAACUAAAUACGACACCUCUCUUCUCGCCGACCAACGAAACCUCCUUCAGUACGAUCUCAUCUCCCUCCCUUCUGCACUUGGUCGACCCGAUAAUCCCGCAUUCUCUCCCGUCCCGCAUGAAUCAUCCAGUAUCUACGAAGCUUGCCGUCUCGCCUGUCUUGUCUACGGUGUCGGCGUCGUCCUCCCGCUCCCAGCACAAAGCACCCCCCUGGCCCGCCUCUCAGAGCUUAUUCAAACUGUCCUCCAAAACUCCAACUACUCCACCGUCUGGGCUAGCACCCAAGCACAGAUCGCCCUCCUCUGGGUCCUAACAUUAGGCGGUAUUUCAGCGCACAACCGCCCCAACCGCUCUUGGUAUGUCAACAUGCUCAAGCACGUCGUCUUGCACAACGACAUCCAAUCGUGGGCCGAUCUGUCCGGGAUCCUAGGGAUUAUCGCUUGGUACCCGAGGGCCUGCGACAAACCCGGCCAUGAUCUGUGGCUGGAAGUGGAAAAUUCGCGAGGUGUUUUUAAUUGAUUUAAAAAAAAAAAAAAAAAACUCAACAAUGAUCCGGAGUAACGCCUUUCAAUCGCUCGUCCACUCAAAUCGAAUCUAACCCAAUCCGG